AUGGCUCCCGCUUGGCUUGACUCCCUCUCCGAGGAUUGGCCUUCCCAGGCUGGAUCUGAGGCUUCGCCGUCCGCCCUGCCGCCUUUGAAACCAAGCGAAAACAACAAAACACCCAACGGCAAGGGAGCCGGCAGUCGCAUACCACUCCCUGUCAGUAGGAUACGACCGUCGAGUGCCGGCACUGAAAAAAGCGUCGGAGUCCUCAGCGAACGAAGCACAAACGACGUCAACCUGCCACUCUCUUCCCAACGACGACCUACCCCGAAGCGUUCUCGAGAAUUCAAGCCCUCCGAACUAUCUCGCCAACCCAGUCGCGCGCUUUCGGCCUCCACAAAUGGCUCUGUUAUUCAUAACACAGUGCAGCACAAGUCGAUAAAAUCGUCCCCACUGAAGAACGUAGGCAGCACACCGGAAUGGAAGCGAAGGCUCGUGUAUGGGGACGUUGCGUACGGCGAACAAAGAGAUCUGUUCUGCUCUGCUGCUGCAGGUCUUGAGAACAUGUUCAAGCCGCCAACACCCCAGGACACCAGCCUGGCAGAUCAGAGCCCCCGCCACGAGUCGACAUUACCUUCGAGCCCCCCGUUCUUCCGCCGCGCAGACGUGACCACAGGCGAGGAGGAGGAGGAGGAGUCCGACGGCAGAAGCCAGAUGGAUCCAAGUCCAAGCCCCAGUCCUAGGAUACGACCGCCUCAAGUCACGUACAAGUUGGCGGACGAUUCGCUCGACCAAAGCAAACUUAGCGAGUUCAGUGCGCCUCAAGACAGCCAUCCUCAAGAGCCGACCGAACCCACCGUGAAAGAAAGUGUUCCCACUGCAGACACCUCAGUCACCGGCCUCGCACCCCCGAACGACGCGUCGAGAAAGACGAGCGGACAUAGUGUCAUCCGAAACGAGGAUUUCAGCCCGAUUGUGCUUACACUCAUGCGCCCAAAAGGCGAGGAGGGCGACGCAGAGCCCUUUGCGCCUACCGAACUGCCCAUCGACCAGCUUCAAAAUCGUCUUGAGAAGCUUCGCAUUGACCAGAUGCUUCUCGACUCUCAAGGCGAGCUUCAGUUCGACGCAGACGGAACGCAGGACGAGCCCGAGAACGACAAGGUGGACACAACCGAAGACUAUGCGCGCAAGGGAGGCUUUCUCAACUUGCAGCGUGGUGGCAGGUCUGGUGAUGGGUCAUUCAGAUACCGGGGUCUGAGUCCCGGCAUGCGGGUCGAUACAUCUGAGAUGUUCCCCGAAGAAUCUCUGCAAGCUAGCACCCCCAAGCAAUUCCCCAGCGUCAGGACCUACUCGCCGGGGCAGGGAACGAUGCGAUAUGGCUCUCAAAGUCCCCCACCUCCAAUAGCACCUCAUCCGAGUCCUGACAAGCGAGCAACAGCCGGGACCAACAGCACGAGCCCGCUGAAGCUGUUUGGGCCCUACGACACCUUCACCAACCAAACGCUUCUCCGUCGCAUUAGCCAGUUUGAGGACCAGAUGUCAGGCUCAUCGCGACAAUCACUGAGCGGCGCGUAUUCUGGGGAUGCUUCCAGACUGACUGAAAAGCCUAGACCUCAUACUGCCCCCGUGGGCUACCUCUCCGUGCCAGCUCAGCAGACUGCUGCAAGUUCACGAUCCGUCAGUCAGUUCGGCGCAGGCGAUUUGGAAGGUUAUCAGUUCGAUCAAGAAAUUUCCAUUCGACGCGAUGACGAGGAGUCACAAUUCUACGACGAGGGCGACUUCGAUGGACUCUCUGGCUUUGAAGAGUCUGUUUUGCGAUUCGCGAAUAUCACAGGCUCUCCAGGCCAAGAGGAGUCAAUGUUUAUCCCCAGAAAGCGAGCGAAGUCUGCGACGACGACGGAUUCAUCGUCAAAACACACUCGGGAAGUCUCAUUCGGCAGUGAGGGCAGUGUUCAGAGAGGAAAUGUUCGGUUCCCAUUGGACGACUCCCUCUUACUAGGAACUCCGCACAGACGCGACACCGGUUCAGAGGGAAAGAGGCCAAUGACCUCGCCAUCAAAAGAUCCAACUCCGAAGCGAAGGAGGACGCUGCACAAGUCUGAUAUUGCUUACGGACGUGAAGAGCGCUUUCAAGCGCUGGAGCCUGUUCAUGAGUCUCACGCCCUGAUGCAAAGCAUGAUGGGCAAGAAGCGAAAGGACGCCCGUCCGGGGAGCAUGCAGCAAAGAGCUCAUCCUAGUGUGCUGGCUAAUCGCCAUAUUCUCCGCCCGCGAACUCCAACGCCGAGCUCAAGGUCGUCAAUGCAGAGAGAUGACUACUUUCCGGAGGAUUAUCUGCUCGAGGAGCCACCGACGCGCCGCUCUCCCACCCGCGCUUCUCAGCUCACGACGAGCGGCAACGAUCGCAAUGGCACUCUCGAUACGGACCGAAAGCCAUCCAUCAGGACCCAAGACUUUUUGGACGAGGCUGGCAAGAUCAUGGCGAUGAUCAGGAAUGGAGCCAAGGCCCCGAGUGGUCUGACGAGUGUUGAGGAAUCUGAUGCGGAAUUUGGCGAGCCCAGUCCGGUCUUUGAUGAGGACUCAUACGAGGAGUCAACAAGAGAGCCGCUCUCACGGCCUCCUAGCCGCGAGGGGAAACCCGUACAGAGGGCACCGCAGCGACAGGAGAACCCCGACAUCCUCGACUACUUGAAGAAGUACCAGGAACUGAGUGACAUGGGGGACGUCAUCUCCUCAUCACUCAGAUCUAUGGACCAGGCACAAGACGCCAUUCGUGUGGCACAGGAAGUUGAACGGCAAAUCGAGGAGCGAAGCCGUGAAAGAGCUAACACUGAAGAGCUGCAAUACCUUGGAGGCGAUGAGACUAUCAGCGAUCCCCCAAACAUCCGCAUCAGCGCCAACCCAAAUAGACCGAUGGACUCCAUUGAUGCAGACGACUACCCGACCCACUCAUCUGGAGCAUCCACCACCCGAACUAUCCACACAGGCUCCUCCCGCAAUUCCGAGUCACGAAAAACCAUCAUGCCUCAGAGCGUGUCCCAUUUGAUCCCGGACCAAGUGGGUAGCAUGUACCUGGACCGCCAGCAAAACAUCUGGAUCAAGCGGAAGGGGGAAAGUGUUCGUCCUAGAAGUGCGCACUUACACUCUCACGUGCUUCCUUCGGAAGACAGCGAGGACGAUCCUUUCGCGAGCAUUCCAGACCUGUCUGUUGAUUUGACUAAGGAGAUGCAGCACUUGCGGAUUGUGACAGCUCAGAAGGAGGCCGAAGCAAACGAGGCGGAUUGGUCGCUGUCACCACCUGGCUCUGCUGGCUCCUUUGGCACUCCUAGGAACCCGUCAGGCAAAGGUUUCGUCACUCUAUCUCCAGAUGGGACCUUACCGAAGGACAUUGCGGCGCAAGCUCGAACCGAGUUCACGAAACUCGGAAGCAAGCUACCUGAUGGAGAGGUCGAGCACGAGAUACAACUCGAUGAGGAUCGCAUUACCGACUCCUCGCCGUCUCGCAGACGAAUGACGAUUUCUUUCUCUUCGCCAAUUGCCUCCAUUAUUCAGGAUGUCGCGGCAGAAGACAUUGACAGCCUCGAGGACGACGAAGGCAGCUUUAUUGAUUCUCAUUUCGUCUUGGAGGAAUCUAAGCGCAGCAAGUACCAGAGCUUGACAAAAGCCGCCCGUCGAAACUUGUUGCAACCCCGGCCUUGUACCGCCCCGGCACGCGGCCCUUCCAGGCAGUUCUCCCUGCGUGGCCAGUCCUUUGUUCCGCGCCCCGUUUCUCGUAUUGACGAACGAGACGAAGACAGCGUUGUCGACAAUGCCGAGGAGAGGCAAGUCAGCAUCAUCGCUGAUAACAGCGCCCUUAGCCAUGUCUCGCACGAAAACCAAGAAAGGAGUCUUAGUUUCCUCAUCAAGACGCCCGGCAAGACUAGGAACGGCGGUCUUUACCCUGACGCAGGAGCUUUUAUCAGCCACCACGUUGGCAAUCUGUCUCUCAGUCCCAUGUCCGAGUUUACUUUAAACCACAACGAGAAGUCAUUUGGCUUCGAAGUCAGCUAUAUUGUAGACGAUCAGCGACUCGUCACCGGAGACGGCUCCAAGAAGGUCAUGUCCAUGACAGUUCGCGAUCUUGUCGACCGAUUGACCGAGAUUGAGCCUUUUGAGCCCUACUGGGAGGACUUUACAGAACUGGACGUCAGCGAGAGGCGACUCUCGAGCCUGCACAUGUUGGACGAGUUCUGUGGUCGCUUGGUGAGCCUUGACGCAUCCGAUAACUCCAUUGGUCAUCUCGAUGGAGUACCGGCAUCAGUCAGACAGCUCAAGAUCACCAACAACAUGAUUACUGAGUUAACGUCAUGGGAUCACCUCACCAACCUCCAAUACGUCGACCUCUCCAAUAACGAUCUCACAAGCCUGUCAGCUCUGAAGAACCUUGUUCACCUUCGUAGCCUCAAGGCCGACAACAACAAGCUGACAUCUCUUGACGGCCUAAACCAGCACGAUGGUCUACUGUCGUUGCGGGCGCGCAAUAACUUGAUUGAAGUCGCAGACUUCGAUGGCACCAAGCUACACAGGCUUACAGAACUGGAUCUUUCUGGAAAUAAGGUCAAAGAGCUACUGAAUGUCGGGCAGCUUUCUUCACUCGAGACCCUCAAACUACCCCGUAACAAGCUUCUUGCAUUCACCGCAGAGGAUGCGCAAGGCCUCGACGGUUUGCGCUACCUGGACCUCAGCGACAACGAGAUCGCCGAGCUUGAUAUCGGCCGUCUACCUGCAGUGCGGCUACUCCAUGCCGAUAGGAAUUGCAUCACGAACAUCACUGGUUUCACCAAGGCUCGCCACUUGGACAGCUUAUCUUUGAGAGAGCAGCGUGGCGAUGGCCAGCUGGACCUGUCCUUCCUUUCUUCGGCGUACGAAGUUCGGAAGCUCUUCCUCUCCGGAAACUACAUUGGCGCUUUCGAGCCCAAGGUCGAUUUCCUCAAUCUUCAACUACUCGAGCUCGCCAACUGUGGGCUCCACCGUCUGCCAGAGGGCCUCGGACUGUUGAUGCCAAAUCUGCGAUCGUUGAAUCUCAACUUCAACGCCGUUGCCGAUCUUUCACCCAUUCGAUUCGUUCCCCGGCUCAAGAAGCUUCUUGCUGCUGGCAACCGCUUGGCGAACUCGACAUCAGUCACGGAACUCCUGACGGACUUCCCGCACCUGACGCAGUUGGAUCUGCGGGACAAUCCAAUUACUCAGGGCUUCUAUCCGCCAGUGCAGGUUAUGGUGCCAGCAGACCGGGGCAAUUUUACCGAUCCAUUCGUCCUGCCGGAAGCCGAUACGCAGAGAGACGAGGUGUUUUCCAAACGUCUCGACGAGGCAACCCGUCUCCGUCGUCGGUUGUACCAGGUCAUUUUCGUCGGUUGCUGCAAGAGGUUGAAGCUCCUCGACGGCUUGCCCGUCAAGCGGCAGCUCAUGCUUGCACGCGACCCAGCUUUUCAGGCGUUGGUCCAAGAGGGUCUCUUGCCCAGCGAUAGCGCCGGCGUUCCAGCUUCAUCUGCAGCCAAAUCCCCGGCUAAAACACCGGCGAAGACCCCGGCGAAGACUCCGACCAAGAGCUCGACGAAGCCUCCGCCGUCGCGGUCUUCGUUCAAAGCUCCGACCGAGGCUCCCGCCAGGUCUUCGCCCACCAUUCGGGUCACCGCUCCGGCUAAUGAGCCGAGCCAGUCACCCGCUCCUAAGAGCGCGGUCAGCAGUCGCUGGAACGCAGAGGACAGCUUCGCUUGA